UUUGGCGGGGGAGGGGGCUGUGCGUGUGCGUGUUGCGUUGUCCGGUGACAUGGCGGCGGUGGCGGCCUAAAAUCCCCGUUACCUCGAGUAAACUGCAGACACAGCGCGGGUGAGCCGUGAGCAGCAUGGCCAGGCACAGAAAUGUCCGCGGACUGAAGUAUGACGAAGACUUUGAAGAUGAUGACGUCUAUGGCCAGUCAGUAGAGGAUGAUUACUGCAUUUCUCCAGCAACAGCUGCUCAGUUCAUUUACAAAAGAGAUGAUUACAACAGAAGGGCCUUUGCAGAGGAACCUCUGGAAGAAGGCGAUGAAUAUGCGGAAGAUAAAGUUGAGGAGCCUUCCCACAAUAAUCAGCCAAUACUUAGUGGAGUUGACCAAGCUCGUCUGUGUUCCUGCCUUGACAAAAUGAGAGAAGUCUUGGGGGAGUCUGUAUCAGAAAAAGUGAUGGUGGAUGCUGUGCUGAAUAGUCAGUACGAUGCACGUAAAGCCCUGGAUCUUGUGCUUUCCGAGGACUGCCAGCAAACCUCAAAAAUAAAGACCCAGACUAUAGCCCCUGCACGGAAACCCACAAUAGGAGACAUAUUUUAUUCAUCAAAAUUGGUUGCUUCUAAACGCACAGAUUCAUGUUUACCAGUAACUUUAUUAGAUGACACUGAUAAUUCUUCAACUUUUGAUUUGAGUAUUCUGUUAUCGACCAAGUCUGAAUUAAGUUGUGUGUCUGCUCCCAUGGAAGCCUGUGAAUCUACUAAUAGUGAAAGUGCAAAUGAGGGCGAGGAAACCUCAGCACAGUGCAUUUCGUUGUUGGAAAUGAUCAAAGCAACCCCAAAUGUGUUGCAGACAAAUAUGAAGAUGUUAAAUGGCCUGUUGGUUGACCAGGCUGCAGUAUGUUCACACACAGGUAAAGCAAGGGAGCAAUCUGCUAGAGUUGAUGCUGACAUUGUGCCAAAGGUAGCAAAAAUGACAGUAUCUGGAAAACAAAUAACAGGCUUUAAUAUACCAAGUGCAAAUGUUGACGAGAAUGACCACCUGCGAAAGAGUACAGUCCCUGAAGAAGCUUUUCCACCUCCGGUGCUGGAGGCUUCAUCCAAGCCAAAUUCUACAGUUCAUGUUGCCCCUUUAACUGAAGAAGCAACAGUGGUUCAGACUCUCAGUAAAGGCUCUGCCAAAGCAAGACAGCAGAUUAAUGUGAAAGCUGAGCUUGAAAAGCGACAAGGGGGAAAGCAACUGCUCAAUCUUGUUGUGAUUGGUCAUGUAGAUGCUGGCAAAAGUACUUUAAUGGGUCAUCUACUUUAUCUUCUGGGAAAGGUAAACAAACGUAUUAUGCACAAAUAUGAACAAGAAUCAAAAAAAGCAGGAAAGGCCUCAUUUGCCUUUGCCUGGGUUCUGGAUGAGACAGGUGAAGAAAGGGAAAGAGGCGUAACAAUGGAUGUUGGAAUGACAAAAUUUGAAACUAAGACCAAAGUGAUCACACUAAUGGAUGCACCAGGUCACAAAGACUUCAUUCCAAACAUGAUUACAGGUGCUGCACAGGCUGAUGUAGCGAUUCUAGUUGUAGAUGCAAGCCGAGGAGAAUUUGAGGCUGGGUUUGAGGCUGGUGGACAGACUAGAGAACAUGCAUUGCUAGUUCGUUCACUUGGCGUAACACAGUUGGCUGUUGCUGUUAAUAAAAUGGAUCAGGUGAAUUGGCAACCUGAAAGAUUUAAAGAGAUUUCUAAUAAACUUGGGCAUUUCUUGAAGCAAGCAGGUUUCAAGGAUUCUGAUGUUGCUUACAUCCCUACAACGGGACUGAAUGGCGAGAAUCUAACCACCAGAAGUCAAGUACCUGAACUCAAAGUCUGGUACAAUGGACCUUGCCUGUUGGAGCAGAUUGAUUCUUUCAAGUCACCACAAAGACCAGUGGAAAAGCCAUUUAGAUUGUGUGUGGCUGAUGUUUUUAAAGAUCAAGGGUCAGGAUUCAGCGUUACUGGUAAAAUUGAAGCAGGAUAUGUUCAAACUGGAGAUCGACUGCUGGUUAUGCCUCCAAAUGAAACUUGCACUGUUAAGGGAAUUGCCUUACACGAUGAGCCACUCGAUUGGGCAGCAGCAGGGGAUCACGUCACUCUCACUGUGACUGGUGUGGAUAUUAUAAAAGUAAACGUGGGGUGUAUUUUUUGUGAUCAGAAAGCACCUAUAAAAACAUGCACAAGGUUUAGAGCUAGAGUUCUUACUUUCAGCAUUGAUACUCCAAUCACACAAGGUUUACCAGUUUUAUUACACUACCAAACUUUAAGUGAACCAUGCACAAUCCGAAGACUAGUGAGCGUUCUGCACAAGAGCACAGGAGAGGUUCUCAAGAAAAAACCUAAGUGUUUGACUAAAGGACAGAAUGCCCUGAUAGAGCUGCAAACCCAGAGACCUGUCUCUCUGGAACUCUACAAAGACUUCAAAGAGCUGGGUCGUUUUAUGUUACGUUACGGUGGAUCCAGUAUAGCAGCAGGAGUAGUCACAGAGAUUAAAGAAUGAUUGUGUAGAGGGGCUUCCUAAUGUUUGACCUUUCUUCGAUCUUAAGAAACACCGGCCAACUUGACAAUAUCCCACAACUUUGAACGAUGUAGGAACUGUGGUCAGCAAAACAAAGUGCAAUUUACGAUAACUCAAAAUGGAACCUCAGCGAAUGUGAAUUUAUCCUUUGCAAUAUUGUGUUCAAGAAAGCAACUGACAGAAUGGUUUUCUCAAAUCAUUGAGUCAUUCUGCCAGUAAUACCUCCAUAAGCAAAGUUGCACUGUGUCUGAGGACAGUUGCUCUACAAUAUUAGUUCUAGUGAUUUUUAUCAGCACCCUGCAGACUGAUGCAUAACACACAUUAAAAAGGAAAAUGUUGAGAGCAUGAUGCGUGACCCAGCUGAAUUGCACAUUCAGUGGCCAACAGUUGACAAAUACUUGUUUGGUUUGUCUGCCUCCUGUUUGUUCUUCCAUUAGUGUGCCAUGAUUUACUAAUGUAUUUAUGUGUUGAUCUGCUAACACAGACAGAUUGACAGUAACAAGUAACAAAAGUACUUAGAAUGCUCUUUCAAAGAAAAUGAUUUGCAGUACAUCAGGUGAUCAGAUGUAAUACCCUAACUUUCCACUUUCAUAUCAGUGGAAAGUGUUCCAAAAAUAUUUAUCAAGAUGCAAGUAACUAAAGCUGGUACUGAAUAAAAUCUAGUUAAAGUAAA